AUGGCAGCGCACGUAUUUAACGCCCGGGAAGUUAGGGAGACCGGCGCCGGGGAACAGCCCGGAGCGAUGGGGAGUAGGGAUUCCGAUUCCUACCUCCAGCUCCUGGCGUCACCCCUGGUGUCGCGAUCCCCAUCCCCGGGAAGUAUGGAGGACCCGGAAGAGAUCCCGGACGUGAAUCUGGAGGACGACCAGCCAAUGGCGGAGGAGGAGGGCGUGGCCGAGGUCAUCACCCUCUCCUCGGAGAGCGAAGACGACGGAGGCGAGACGGUCACGCCGGAGGUGUCCUCGGACGAGGACGAGACCGCGCGGAAGGCCAGGGCGCGGAUGGCUUACCGGAGCAUCCGGCGGGCUACGCAGGGCCAGGGACGGAUAUGCCUCGGAGUCACGCCGCCGACCGGGGACCCGGCGGAGGCGAGACGGUUCAUGGAGGCACGAGUCACCACCCUGCGGCGUUUACAGCAAAUGGUAGACGCGCGGAGGGCCGCCGCCGCCGAGACCGCAUGGCAGGAGCGGCUGGCUCGGCUGCAAGAGGAGGAAGAGGCGUUGUGGGCACCAACCACGGAGCAGCCGGAGCCCACGCAGCCGCCGUUGCCGUUGACGCCGCCGCCGCCGGCGCAGUCGCCGCCCCCGCCACCACCCCGGAUGGCACCGGCGCAGUCGCCGCCCCCACCACCACCCCGGAUGACGGCGGCGCUGUCACCGCCACCACCACCACCCCGGAUGACGGCGGCGCAGUCGCCGCCACCGACACCACCACGGCCGCCGCGCACGCCGGCGACACCACCGCCGCAACCUCGCUCGCCGACGCCACCACCCCAGCAGGGGGAAUGGCCGCGGUAUGACCGGCAACAGGCGUGGGAGAUGCCCCAGGCCCACGUCGGCCAGGUGGUCCGCACGUUCGAGAUGGGCGGCCGGCUGUGGCACCAACAGUCGGUGACGUGGACGUGGCCCGCGUCGGAGGAGACCGAGGACGCGCCGGAAGCCCGGGUGUGGAAAGAGGCGGAAGCGAUCGGCUGGAGGAUGCCGGGCCAGGAGUCCCGCGAUCCGCGAUUGCGCGCCCGAGCAAGAGAAGCAAGCCCGGAGAAGGAGGGCCCGAAGGAGGAAAGCCCGGGAGUCGCAAACCCGGAAAAGGAGGAGUGGAGCUGGCCGGCGCCAGGUGAGGCGCCACCACCACCAAAGCUGCCGAGGCAGAUGUCCUGCCCAGAGGCGCGGCAACCGCCGCCCCGCCCAUGCCCUUGCAGGCAGGCGUCGCUGGAUGGGCAGAAGUGGAGGGAGGUACCGACGGAGGACUGGCCGCCCCAGGUGGCCGAGGAGGCGGCUCGACAAGGGACCCGGAAGCGACGAGGGCACUGGGCCAAGUUGUUCGAGCUGGGCGGACAGCGCUACCGUCUUAAGGUGCGGAGGGGCGGGGAAGUGAGAGUGACGGUCGCCGAAUAA